AAAUAGAGAAAAAAGGAAAAAAAGACCUCUCUCUUCUUAUUUCUUCUUCAUCGACCACUGCCAUUCUCUCUAUAACUCAUCAUAUCUCUGUUUUUCUCUGUUCCGUAUCUGUACUUUGUUUUCAGUCACUGAAGAUAUGGUGAAGAGCCUUAAAGUGGAUCCUCUUGCUAAGGUCACUGCCUCCACCACUUCCAUGAAGAGCCCAUCAGAGCCAUAUUACAAAAUUCUUGAGACGUAUCAAGGCCUGCCUUGUCCAUAUGGUGGCUACUAUGGAUUCUAUUAUCCAGAUCUUGAUGGUUCAGUUGGAGAAGCAAAGGAUAAUGGAUACUAUGGUUAUGGAACAGAAGUUCAGUACCCGGUUAUGCAAGGGGAAGAUGGAUCUUUAAUCUACAUGAUGCCAGGGUUUCAAUCUUAUGAUGCUAGUCCCACUUCUAUGCCUAUAACCGCGGGUAGUGUGUCAAGUCAGGCUCUUCGUUCACCCAUGUAUGCAGCUCAAGGAUAUUAUCAGAACCAAUAUGGCUAUGGGGAUGUUUCAUCGCCCAACUAUUUAUGGGAUGUGUAUGGUGUAGCUUCAAGUAACCAACCUUUGAAACAUAACACAUCGUCUUCAAGUCAUAACCAUAGCAGUUAUUACCCAAAGAGCAAGACUUCUUAUGGCAUGGGAGAUAGGCCUAAAACACCGCGAAAAAGCAGCUAUGCUCCACUCCCAAUACAUAAUGAAACAGAGAAGGUGAAAGCGAGAAACAAAGAUAAUGUUAAUAGUACUGAAGGAGAAUGCGAGUCCUGUGUAGGUUAUGUGAUCAAAAGGGAUCAGUAUAACCUCCCUAGCUUUCAGACCAAGUAUGAAGAAGCAAUGUUCUUUGUGAUAAAAUCAUAUAGCGAAGACGACAUUCACAAGAGCAUCAAGUACAAUGUUUGGUCUAGUACUCUCAAUGGGAACAAGAAGUUAGACAGUGCAUAUCAAGAAUCUCAAAAGAAGAUUGCAGAGAAAGGUGGAACGUGCCCGGUCUUCCUCUUCUUCUCGGUGAAUGCAAGUGGUCAGUUUUGUGGUGUAGCUGAGAUGACUGGGAGAGUGGAUUAUGAGAAGAGCAUGGAGUUUUGGCAGCAAGAUAAGUGGACUGGCUAUUUUCCUGUCAAGUGGCACAUAAUCAAAGAUGUUCCAAAUCCGCAGUUACGCCAUGUAAUACUAGAGAACAAUGAGAAAAAGCCUGUAACAAAUAGCAGAGAUACACAAGAGGUGAGGUUGCCACAAGGGAAUGAAGUGUUGGACAUCUUCAAGAACUAUGCAGCAAAGACAUCUAUAUUAGAUGAUUUUGAUUUUUAUGAAAACAGAGAGAAGGUUUUGGUUCAGAAGAAGCUAAGGUUACAUCCGGUUCAGAUAAAGAAGAAAGAAGAAGCAGACGUGGUUGCUGACUUCAAAUCAAUGGAGAUAUCAAAUACAGUCAAAGAAGGAGGCACAGACUUAACAGGAACUGUGAACUAACUAGGAGAAUCUGUCGUGUUUUGGUUUGGAUUGGAUUUUAUUACAAGUGAGUGGCUUCUUGUUCUAUUGUUUUGCUGUAUUGUGUUUAUAAAAAUGCAGAAAAAGGAUUAUAUAUGAAAUGAGUUCUCUA